AUGUGGUCGAACAUACAAAGACCGGGUCAGGUCAUAUCAACCAUUCUACUAGCAACGCAGGCCGUUCAUGCUAUUGACCUCAAUCUCAAUAAUCCAGACUCCAUAAAAUCAGCUGCCAAAGCGGUAGCCACCGAAAUGAUGUCCUACUACACUGGUUACCGACCAGGCGAUAACCCUGGCAACCUACCAGACCCAUACUUCUGGUGGGAAGCAGGUGCAAUGUUCGGCGCCCUGAUCGACUACUGGGCAUACACCGGCGACAGCACAUGGAACAACAUGACCACUCAGGCCCUGUUAUGGCAAGCAAGCCCCGACGCAAACUUCAUGCCCAAGAAUCAAACAAUGACCGAGGGAAACGACGAUCAAGCAUUUUGGGGCAUGGCAGCCAUGUCCGCUGCCGAACGAAACUUCCCUAAUCCMCCUGCCGAUCAACCACAAUGGCUUGCGCUGGCGCAAGCAGUGUUCAAUUCGCAAGCAGUAAGGUGGGAUCCAACCACGUGCGGCGGUGGGCUUCGAUGGCAGAUAUUCACCUGGAACAAAGGGUAUGGCUACAAAAACACGAUUUCGAAUGGUGGCUUCUUCAAUAUUGCAUCCAGAUUGGCCAAGUACACCGGCAACAAGACGUAUGCCGACUGGGCGGACAAGACAUGGCAGUGGACUGCUGAUGUCGGGUUCCUUACACCGGAGUAUAGGUUCUGGGAUGGUGCGGAUGAUACAACGGAUUGCAAGAACUAUAAUCUGAUUGAGUGGACGUACAACUCAGGAGUCUAUCUGCUGGGUGCGGCCAAUAUGUAUAAUUUUACCAACGGCAGUGACAUCUGGCGCGACCGCACCCUCCAAAUCCUCAACGCAACAAACGUGUUCUUCAGUACCGAGCCAGAAAACGUCAUGUACGAACGUGCCUGCGAACCAGUAGGAACAUGCCAAGUCGACCAAAAAUCAUUCAAAGCCUACUUCGCCCGUUGGAUGGCAGCUACCACCCAAAUGGCCCCUUUCACCUACGACACCAUCAUGCCUCGUUUACAAGCAUCAGCUAUCGCAGCAGCAAAGACGUGCACUGGAGGCCCCAACGGGACGAGUUGUGGGGUGAAAUGGACCGAUCAGAAAUGGGACGGAAGUCGAGGUCUAGGGGAGCAGAUGAGUGCGCUGGAAGUCUUGCAGAGUAAUUUGAUUCAGGAGGUUGCGCCACCAGUUACGGAUGCGAAUGGUGGGACGAGUAUAGGCAAUCCUGCUGCUGGUUCGGGGUCGAAUGACGGGCUGGAGCUGGGGUAUUGA